UCUGUCGACAAGUCGCAGAUCCCAAGACCAUACAAAUGUCCGCUCUGCUCGCGCGCAUUCUACCGCCUGGAGCAUCAGACGCGCCACAUUCGAACGCACACUGGUGAAAAGCCCCAUGCAUGCACCCAUCCAGGCUGCGAGAAGCGCUUCAGCCGCUCGGACGAGCUCACCCGGCACGUCCGAAUCCAC